AUGACCAAAAAUAGCACAAGCAUAUUCCUGUCCGGACUUGAGAAGAAAGGAGGCCCUCAUGACCUCGAAGGAGUGUCGCUUUGGGUGUCUGGUCAAGACGGCAAGGAUUUUGAUGCCGUCUUUUCGGGCGACUUAUUACAGAAGCUUCAGGACACCCUAGGCGGUGAUUCCUGCAAGGACAAGGGUCAUGGAGACGCUUGCUACCAGGCGCUUCACGGCGUCUUGCGGUCGGCAGACAUGUCGGUAGACAAUGGGCUUGCGAAGCGCGACUUUUACCGGCUGGUAUCCAGAUCGUUCCUCGUGUGGCGAUUGCUAGAGGACGAAAACCAACACAUUCCUCAAGCAGCAGCCAGCUCGGCCGGCGGUUUGGACCGCGGAAGACCAUUGACCAUAUCAGCUGAAGGCUCGUCCAUAGUCGUCAUUACGCCGACACCCGAUCCAACUGCUCCUCCAACAAAGUACGUUUCCCUCCCUGUACUCCGUACGUAUAUCACAAACACCAUCAAGCCAACCCGCGUAGUGGCCCCGCUCCACCUACAUACAACAACUCACAUCACAAAAGACGACAAAGACUACAAGGUUGGCGACGUCGUCAUCAACCUGGAUAAAAAUGAAGCGACACGUAUAUCAGACAUGAUUGGCAUGUCGGGCUGCAAGGAUGGCGGUCAUGGCAAGAAGCGCAGUCUUUCCAGCGGCCUUGCCGCGGCUGGAUGCGCCGUUCCCGCGGUCCUUCAGCAAGCCAGGCCCGGAGGCGCGUUGCAGGAGCUCCGCGGUCUUCGACCACGGGGACCGCCGCUCCGAUUCCAAGGGGCAGACAUUGUCCGGGCCGCCAACGAAGCCCUUGACGUGGCGCGGGAACUUGCACCACUUAUAGCCAUGUCCCCUGGGCUCAUCGACCACCUUGCCAUGAUGGUGUUUGCGCUAGGUAUAGAGGAGUUUGCUGACCACGUCGCCAUCGAGACACCAUAG